AUGAAUAGUCAAAAUAUUUAUGAUGAUAAUGAAUUCUUUCGUUUAUAUUCAAUACUGAAUUCAAAACCAAAUGGAGCACCAGAUUCUAUUCCAACUUUUCGAUUUUUGGAAAAAAUAAAGUCAACCAAGACUCAACCAAAAAUACAAUGUGUAUUAGAAUUGGCAUGUGGUAAUGGAUGGUUUAGUAAUUAUAUGGCUACAAAAGAAAAUGUAAAGAGUGUUAGAGCUUUUGAUUUAUCGGAAAACAUGUUGGAUCUGGCAAAAAGAAUUCAUAGUCAUCCAGUGAUUUCCUAUGAAUUGGCUGAUAUGGAAACUAUUCAACUCCCAAAUCAAUCAUUUGAUUUGGGAUUUAGUUCACUUGCUCUUCAUUAUGUAUUGAAUUUUAAAUCAUUGGUUCAAUCAAUUCACCAAUCUUUGAAUCCUGGAGGUCACUUUUUUGCCAUCAUUGAACAUCCAAUCUAUACAGCUCCAACAGUUAGAGAAUGGAUUCCAAAUACUCAAGAUCCCCCAAGUACUGGCAGUUGUAACAUGACAAGAGGAGAAAUGAUUUGGCCACUUUACGAUUAUCAAGUAGAAGGUGAUCGAGUUGUCGAUUGGAUUGUCAAUGGUGUCUUGAAACGUCAUCGUACAAUGAGUACCUACUUAAACAUUUUUAUGGAUUGUGGAUUUGAUAUCAGAGGUAUUGAAGAAUUUUCACCUCCAACAAUGGAGCUGAAUAAUACUGUUCAUCUUGAAAUAGAUAGACAUAGACCAAAAUUCUUAAUUUUAUCUGUCCAAAAACAUAUCGAAUAA